AUGCAUAAAAUGGGUAAAAAAGACGAGGAGGCGGGAAACCCCUUUCAAAAUGUUGACCGCUCAACCGCACUCCAGGAAGCUAAAAAGUUCCACGAAACCCCACUCCGACCAAGACUCUGCUCGGAAACUUGCACCAAGGUUAUCUAUCUUGCAAACCAAGGUGAAGAAUUCACUACAACAGAAGCAACCGACUUUUUCUUUGCCAUGACCAAACUCUUCCAAAAUAACGAUAUCACUCUCCGUCGUAUGUGCUAUUUGACUAUCAAAGAGCUCUCUAAAAUGACCGAACACGCUUUUAUCAUGACCCAGUCGCUGACCAAAGAUAUGAACGGCAGUCAAGAUCUUUUCCGACCAGGUGCUGUCCGAGCUCUUUGCUCGAUUACAGAUCCCACUACUCUUCAGUCGAUCGAAAGAUACAUGAAGCAAGCUAUUGUUGAUAAGAACACAGCUGUUGCAUCCGCCGCACUCAUUUCUUCUUUCCAUCUCUGUGACAGAGCCUACGAUAUCGUUAAACGAUGGGCAAAUGAAGCACAGCAAGCUAGCAGCUCCGACAACCAAAUGGUGCAAUACCACGCUUUGGGUCUCCUUCACCACUUGAGAAAACGAGAUCCUCUUGCCAUCGAGAAGCUCGUCGUCAAGCUCUCCCGAAGUGGCCUCAAGUCUCCCUUGGCCUACACUCUUUUGAUCAGAAUCGCCGCCAAGCUUCUCGCCGAGGAUGACGAUCGAACAGCUCUUUUCGAUUUUAUUGAGUCCUGCUUGAGAAACAAAAACGAAAUGGUUGUUUAUGAAGCCGCAAGUGCCAUCGUCAACAUGAAAAACAUCACUCACAAAGAGAUCGCUCCAGCUGUUUCAGUUCUCCAACAAUUUUGUGGCUCUCCAAAGCCAGCCCUUCGAUAUGCUGGUGUACGAUCGCUUAAUAAGGUUGCGAUGAAGCACCCAUCUGCAGUUACUGCUUGCAAUUUGGACUUGGAGAACCUUAUCACCGACUCUAACCGAUCCAUCGCCACUCUUGCUAUCACAACUCUUCUGAAGACUGGAUCAGAGUCCUCUGUUGAGCGCCUCAUGAAACAGAUCUCCAAUUUCAUGUCGGAGAUCUCAGACGAAUUCAAGAUCGUCGUUGUCGAAGCUGUUUCUGCGCUUUGUGCAAAAUACCCACGAAAACACUCUGUUAUGAUGGAGUACCUUUCCAAGAUGCUUCGAGACGAUGGUGGAUUCGACUACAAGAAAGCCAUCGUUAACUGCCUCAUUACUAUCAUUUCCGAGUCCCCUGAGUCCAAAGAACUCGGCCUCAUGCAGCUUUGUGAAUUCAUCGAAGAUUGCGAACACACCUCUCUCGCUACUCGAGUUAUCACACUGUUGGGCGACCAGGGUCCACUAUGUGCUAAUCCUUCAAAGUUCAUCAGGUUUAUUUAUAACCGAGUCAUCUUGGAAAACGAAGUUGUUCGAGCUGCUGCGAUCUCUGCUCUUGCUAAGUUUGGAGCUGUCCGAGAGCUUACAGACUCCGUUCUCACUCUCCUCCACAGAUCCAUGGUCGACGAAGACGAUGAAGUUCGAGACCGAGCAACUUUCUACUACCAUAUCCUGAAGCUCAAGGAUGAUAAGCUCAACUCUCAGAUGAUCAUCAACGGUCUCGUUGUUUCUCUCCCAGCACUAGAGCGACAACUUGCUGGUUACCUCGAAGUCUGCCCAGAAGAACCAUUUGAUAUGAAGACUGUUCCUGUCAUGGCAGUCAAGGAAGAAGUCGAGAAGCAAGCUACUGCUACUAAAAAGAAGGAGCCAAGCCGUGAUGAGAUCUACGCCGAAGAACUUUCGCGCAUCCCUCAAUUCGCUGCUCUUGGCCCUCUGUUCAAGUCCUCCGCUGAGCAGAAGCUCACCGAAGCCGAGACAGAGUACCAAGUUUCCGUUGUCAAGCACACCUUCCUCAACCACAUGGUUCUCCAGUUCAACUGCGCCAAUACGCUCAACGACCAAGUUCUCAAAGAUCUUACGAUCGAGGUUGAAGGCGCUGAUGGAUACGAACCCACAAGCUACAUUUCUACGGAAGAACUUGUCUACGGCACUCCUGGAAAAACCUACUGCAUUAUGGAUCUACCAGAAGCCGAUGAAGUUUGCGCUUCCAGCUUGAGCUGUCAGAUGAAAUUCAUCGUCCACGACUGCGACCCCAACACUGGAGACGUCGAUGAAACCGGUUAUCCAGAUGAAUACGUUAUUGAUGAUAUCGAAAUUUCCGUCGGAGAUCAUAUUCAGAGAGUGCUUAAACCUAACUUCCCCGCUUCCUGGGAAGAAGUCGGUGACGAGCAUGAACUCGAAGAAACCUAUCAUCUUUCUGAAAUCGGCACUCUUGAAGAAGCUGUCAAACAGAUCAUCACAUUCCUCGGCAUGCAGCCAUGUGAGAGGAGUGACAAAGUGCCAGAAGGAAAAGUUCACCAUGUUCUUAUUCUCAGCGGUGUUUACAGAGGUGGCCAUGAGAUCCUCGUCAGAUCGAAGCUUGUUCUCAAGGACGGUGUUCAAAUGCAAUUGACCGUGCGUGGAACAGAUCCAACUUCAGUCGCUGUUGUUGCAUCGGCGAUCGCCUAA